UCAAUGUCAAAAUGGCGAUGCCAUCACUCAUGCUUUCGAGGUCGUGUCGAUCUUGCUCUAGAUUCUCCUCUUUUUUCCACCCAAAUAAUCGUUAUGCUAGUAGUGUUGUAUCAGUAAAUACUUUAGAGGAAAUUUCCGACGAAGGAAUUCAAUAUCCACCAAUCAAACCGAGAUGGCCGCCAGGAUCAUGGGGUAACAUGAGCGAAAAGAGAUCUUGGUCAAUCUGGGAACAAUCAAGCAAGUUAAAAGACCCGCAGUUGAAGCUAAAAGAUCGUUUCGAAAUGUUAUCACCAUCUCCAGAAGUUACUUGGAAAUGUCCCUCAGUUCAGCAUUAUCCCAGGUCUUUUGAAUAUCAACAAUACGUGACCAAAACUCACAUGGCUCCUGGAAUGCCUGAAGUUUAUGAACAAAUGGAAGAAGAGGCGAUGGCUUAUUUACAGCGUAUAAAACCGUUAAUUGAAAGGGUUAUUUUAUUUGAAAAUUUCCUUAUUGACAGAAACUUAAAAUAUACAAGAUACAAUAAAAUGGAUCCUAGUAACGUAACAUUUCUCCAAACUGAACAAAUUAUCAAUUGUUUGCUCUCGGUUCUAGCUCCUGAUUACCCUUAUCUAUUGACUAGCCAGUUUGCAGAAAAUGUUCGAGUCCGGGCAUUCUGGGACCGUUAUGGUUUUCCUAUGAAGCCCUACGUAUUAAGGAUGAAUAGGGAAGAUCAGUUUUUACAUAAAAUGUACAGCCGUUUUAACACAGAAUUCAUCUGUUCUCAAAUCCGCACCGAAAAGCCUCUUAUGCCGUUUGUUCCCCGGGACAGCCCUUUGUGUACUGAGAGUGAAUAUUCACAGUUCUGCUACUGGCCAAGUGAUUUAUCUCAACAAAAUGAAAAGGUGAAGAAUACUUGUAUACCAGGAUUCUUUUAUGGUGAUCCAUGUGAAUUUGGCCUGGUAUCAUUUCAUUGUUCAUCUCAGAUGCAAAGAAAAAUAAAACAGUUUGGUCCUGAGAUCACUUAUGAGUUCCAGAAAGGUCUUGGUCUAAUGACAUCCUUUGCUUGGACAGUAGCCCAAGCAUAUUUCCAAGGUUUUAGCUCAUUUGUAGAGCUAACUUAUCCACUUACCACCCAGACAGUGAUCACUGAUGGACAGAAGUUCUCAUUUUUUGCUUACCAACUUAACACACUGGAGAUGUGGAAGGAUGAUGAUGGUAACAACCUGAAGAACAUCUGUUGGCACACUGAAGAAGAAAAUCUUUAUGAGAUCAAAGAUGGUCAGAUCCAGAAUUUCAAUGACAAUGUUUUAAAGCAACUGAUUAAGUUCUUUAUUAAUCAACCAAAGGAACCAAAUUAUCCUUUGCGACCAUAUCUGCAGCAUGAUCCCUCUGAAAUUAAAGUGUAUCUUGAAGACAAAAAAAAGAAACUAUCUAAACGUAAAGAAACUAAAUGAUUGCAUAUUGAAUUUCAAUCUUGUGUUUUCUAUCAGGAAAUUGUCUGUACACACACACACAUAUAUAUAUAUAGCAGAACUUGGGCGAAAAUUUCGUGACGUGCAUAUAGGAUCUCUUAUGCUGUUAUUUGGCUACCACAUGAUAUCCUACUGUGUGGUGUAUUUCAAGGCUACAUACACAUGUGGAACUCUACUUUGCAUAAGAUUAAUACAAGGAUAAUAUAACAUGAGGAUGGAGGAUAACAGUCUUUAAUAGUAGAUUACUACAUUUGUUUCUGUACUGCCCCUCAUGAGCAGCAUUCAACUGUAUAAUUAUUAUAAAGAAUGUUCUUCUAUAAUAGUCUUUGAAUAUAAACUCAGCAACUUAAGGUUGGUGUCCAGUGCAGAAACAAAUGUUGGAUCUCCUAUUAAAGCCUGUUAUCCUUCAUCCCUGUGCUAUAUUAUCCUUAAAUAUAUAUAUAUAUAUAUAUAUAUAUAUAUAUAUAUAUAUAUAUAUAUAUGAUAAUAACAUUAGGGAUAAAAUGAUAUGUGACUGUGGAUUUUCAUCGAUGUGUUCAUGAACCUUGUUUCUUUUCUCUAAAACUAUAUAUAUAUAUAUAUUUAUAUAUAUAUGUAUGUAUGUAUGAUUGUAUUAAAGAAAUUAUUUUUAUA